GAGGAGGAGUCAAGCGGCUGCCAGGAGGAGGAGGAGGAGGGCGGAAGAGCAGUGCCCCCCCGGCACCUGUUUCUUAGCAAUGACCUCCAAGGCUAAGAAGCGGGUGGUUCUGCCAACACGGCCCGAACCCCCCAACACUGAACAGAUCCUGGAGGAUGUCCAGCGAGCCCAGCCCAACGACCCCGUCUUCGUCCUCCUGGCAGAACCCAGUGAAGACUUGCCCACUCCGGCCAAGAACGAAGACCCGGAGGCCAAGAGGGAGCGCCUCUAUCGGCUGACCCAGUCCUACGUGGAGAUGAACCAUCGCUUGCAGAAGGCCUGCAGCCUGCUCAAGGAGAAAUGCGAGGAGCUGAAACUCGCCGGCGCGACUCUGGAGCAGGGCAUUCUUGAGAUGAAGCAGAGGGCCUUGUGAGACCCUGAAGCCAUCCGGGCGGGAGAUAAGGCGCAAGGCCAGCGUUC